ACGAGCUCUCCUUGGCCGGUCAUGUGACAGGGAGCUGGGUUAGAACUUUGCUGCUGUCAGGAUGGUUCGGCUAAGACUGUUCUCAUCUCUCCUCCUGUUGGGGUAUAUUGUGGGCAGCCUGGCACAGGAUGUGCCCCCGUACACAGAGGAUUGCAGAAGUGGAACGUAUCCUCCCAAUGGCCCAACGUUUCUAGGAAAUAUAGAAUGGUAUACUGUGAAUUUGGACCAAGCACCCCAUGAAAGAUGGCAAAAGUUGAUAAGUGACAAAAAGGCUCCACUGGCAAGUUUAUUACAAGCUAUUAAGAAUCUGGCUAAUGCCUUUUUCCCAAGUGGGAAACUUGUGGAGAUAGUGGACAAGGUGUUGCCUUCGCUAAUUGGAACACUGCCGUAUCCCUAUGGAGACGAAAUUAAAGGUAUUGCUGAUGCUGCUGGGUUGCCAUUAGGGGAAAUCCUAUUGUAUAAUAUAUUUUAUGAAAUCUUCACGGUGUGUACUUCAGUGGUGGCAGAAGAUACAUCUGGAAAGCUAUAUCAUGCCAGAAAUCUUGAUUUUGGAUUGUUUCUUGGCUGGGAUGUGAAGAACCACACCUGGGCGGUCACAGAACUAUUGAGACCAUUGGUUGUAAACGUGAAGUUCCAAAGAAAUAAUAAAACCGUUUUUGUGUCUACAAGUUUUGCAGGAUAUGUGGGGAUGUUAACUGGAAUGAAACCUGGCAUAUUCACUCUUACAAUGAAUGAGCGUUACAGUCUGGAUGGUGGCUACAUUGGUGUGCUCGAGUGGAUUCUGGGGAAAAGAGAUGGGAUGUGGAUGAGUUUUCUUACAAGGAGUGUUCUGGAAAAUGGAACCAGUUAUGAAGAAAGCAAAACUCUUCUAUCAAAAACAAAAAUUCUUGCUCCAGCAUAUUUUAUAUUGGGAGGAAAUAAAUCCGGAGAGGCCUGUGUUAUCACUCGUGCUAGGGAUUCCUGCCUUGAUAUCUGGGAUCUUGAUAUUCCAAAAGGAAGAUGGUAUGUUCUGGAGACAAACUAUGAUCGCUGGAAGGCUCCUCUGCCUGUUGAUGACCGAAGAACACCAGCAAUGAAAUGUUUGAAUAAAACUGGCCAAAAGAGCGUUUCAUUUGCGACUAUUUAUGACAUGCUGUCAACCAAACCAGUCCUCAACAAGCUUACUACAUAUACUACACUGAUGUCUGUUUCUGAAAACACACUUGAAGCAUACCUACGGAACUGUCCAAGUCCCUGCGUGCCUUGGUGAAUGGGACAACCUAUUCAUUGAAUUCCAAAGAAGAAAUGGGUGGAGAAGCAUUGCUCUUGUAUGAUCUCACGGAGAAGGUCUUGAUGCAGUCAGUGACCCCUCACCAUAUUGUUAAUGGUUUUUUAUUGUGAAGGUUCCUAACCUGAUGAUUGCAUUGUAUUGAAUAUGGCUAAAUGAAUUCCUCUCUGUAGAAUACCCUCCCUUGGCUUUACAAAUUGCACUUUAACUUUAAAAUGGAUGUAAAGUAUAUUUGUAUUAUACUGUCUGUUGAUUAGUUACUAUGACAGGGAGAUUACUUUUAUCAUGUUUUGUACUAGUAGCAUAACAUCGCCUAGGAACACACAAAAUAUUUUAUACAACUAGAUGGCUGGCUAUGUCACCAAAUAGCACUCACUGAACAUUUGUUGACAAGUAAUUUAAUUUACUAACUUAUAAAUAUCAUAUGUGUUUUUGUUUUUUUAAAUCUGAUGCAAAAUAAUGAGCUAUUUGUGGUACUUGAUGACAACUUUAUAAAGUUUCUACUGAAUAAAAUAAAAGGGCAUCCUUCAAUCAGCUCUAUAACUAUUGACCUUGCUGACUUCUUAUGGUCUCCUAAGCCUCUCAAUAUUCACUGUUGAUUCCGGAUUAUUCUCGUCUGCCCGUUGUAGGGUGUGUGCGCCUUAUCAUGAUCAUUCACCAGUCAGCUGGGGUGCAUUUCCUUCGCUGUCGGGUCCUGAGAAAGUUAGGGCUAGGAGGAGGUGAAUAAGAACUUGACAGCCAAUGAAAACGUUGACAAAUGACAUGGAGCCUGACUAAAGCCUGACCCUUUGUCAGCUUUUCUCAGCAUGCUGUUUCUUCUUAAGGAAAAUAAGUCCUUACUUUUCCUUUUGUAUAAUUUGAAAAAACAAUCUGGGCUCCAUUAUGCAUUAUGUAGCACUACACAUGAGAAAAAGGGACCGAGCUACUUUAAUUAAAACAUAAAGCAUACUGAGUGCAGUAAUCAGAUGUUGGCUUAAGUGGCACUGUCAUGCCAAACUUACCUUUCCCCUAUUGUUUCUUCUUCCUCUCUCAGCACCUGUUCUUCUUUUCUUUAUUUCUGAUCUAGUUUUCUUUAAAACAUAGAAUAAAGUAGGCACUACUUUGUCAUAUGUAUUUUCCUACGCUUGACUUUCUCUGACCCAAGUCAGCUCCAUUUCCUGUGUCAGAGAUAGUACUCGCCCUUCUCUUUGAGACAGGAUAUGGAGCUGACUUAAACUCCUCCUUUGGUCAAAGAAAGUAGAGCAUAGGAAAAAUACAUACAACAAAAUAGUCCCUACUUUGUCUUAUGUUUUAAAGAAAGCUAGAUCAGAAAUCAAGAAAAGAAGAACAGAUCCAGAGAGGAGAAGAGGAAACAAUAGGAGAAAGAGAAGUUUGGCGUGACAGUGCCGCUUUAGUCACUAGUUUUCUAGCUUAGAUUUUUCCAAGCCGUCCACGGCUACUAAUAUACCCAAAUAUGCCAGGGACUUCUUUGAUUAGUUCUUUAAUUUGCAUUGUAAUUAAUCCUAUGUCUCCAGCUACUAGCAUUUUAAUAAUUACUCCAUCAUCGUAUCUCUAUCUUUAUUGCACCUUCAGCCUGUUGUGUAGUUUUUUUAGGUGACAUCUCAUUACCCUAAAUGUUCAUAAAUACCACUGUAAUGGCACCCUCUUAUCAGACAUAUGAUUAUAUGUUCUUCAUUGUUUCUACAUUAUUUUUAAAAAUAAAUUUAAAAAACAGUGGCUGUUCUAGCCAUACGAAUAGCUUUUUUUGACUAAUUACUAUUUAUAUAUUGUACUAUUCUAUUCUCAAUCAAUAAAUUGAUUGACAAAAAGGUAAUAAAAACCCCAAACCAUCCUCCAAAUAUUUUUUUUUUUUUU